AUGUCUGGCACGGAAACUCCAGAUAUGGAUGCGCCUAUCCAGAAAUCCCGACAAAAGCCUACAAGAUCUGAAAGCCAUGACGUGAUUGGCAUUUCAUAUCACAAGAACGCACCUCGAAUCCCUACACAAUGGCGACCAUCAUUUCAUUUCCUCGCCCCGGCCGGAUGGAUGAACGAUCCAUGUGGCCUUGGCUAUGAUCCAGCAACAGACCUAUACCAUCUAUCAUUCCAAUGGAACCCACACGGCAAUGACUGGGGCAAUAUGUCCUGGGGCCACGCCACAUCUCCAGACCUGGUAUCAUGGACGACAUACAAAGACCCAAUUCUAACACCGACGGCUGAUUAUGAUUGUCGUGGCGUCUUCACGGGAUGUCUGCGAUCAACCGACAUUUCCGGCAAUGCAGGGUCUCUCACUGCCAUAUACACCUCUGUGAGCAAUCUCCCGCUCCAUUACACGCUACCAUAUGUCACUGGGAGCGAGUCGCUCAGUAUAGCUAUCUCUGAAGAUGGCGGUAUGACCUGGGAACGCCAGGAUUGUAACCCAAUUCUCACUGGUCCCCCUGGGCAAUUCAACGUGACGGGCUGGAGAGAUCCCUGUAUUACGACUUGGGCUGAGGGGCCUCUUUCCAAGGGUUCACCAUUAACUCUGUACGGAUUCAUAUCCGGAGGUGUUGUCGGCCAGACACCAACUGCUUUUGUGUAUACUGUGGACCCCAAUGACCUGCGCAAAUGGGAGUUCCUUGGUCCAUUAGUCGACGUCGGUCUCAACCUGCGACCUUCCCGCUGGUCCGGCGAUUUUGGAGCAAAUUGGGAAGUUGCCAAUAUGAUGACUCUAUCCGAUGGCAAUGUUUAUCGGGAUUUCAUCAUUCUGGGAGCAGAGGGAUGUCUGCCUUCAGAGGACGCAAUCAAAAACGGUGUACGGGAAGCUGGUAGCAAACGAGAACCCCGAGGCCAGCUUUGGAUGUCCGUCAAAGCAUCUGAAAAACAAAACUCCAAUUCUACAGAUGAAGCCCUGGCUUCAUAUGCAUUCUCUGGGUUCUUCGAUCACGGCUGUUACUACGCAGCGAACUCAUUUUGGGAUGUCCAAGCUUCUCAGCAAAUCGUGUUUGGAUGGAUUACGGAAGAGGAUCUUUCUGAUUCUCUGCGCCAUCGGCAAGGAUUCAGUGGCUUGACUUCUCUACCUCGUGUCGUGGAAUUGAUGACAUUGAACAAUGUGAAAAAGGCUCGCAACUCGUCAUUGAGUUCAAUUACCUCAAUUGAAGUUAUCCCUGAUGCACAUGGCACAGGCAAUUUCACUGUUCAUACAAUGAAAAUCAGCCCCGAUAGCCGGCUUUCACGUCUUCGAGAAGGUGCUCAGAAGAGUCAACUUGUCGACAUACCUUUAUCUACCACAGCAAAGGUCAUGACGGCGUUACAAUCAACUAAAUGGGAGAUUAAGGCCGAAUUCUCUGUCGGUCAAUCUUGUACACGUGUGGGCAUCAAAAUCCCACAUACUUCCGACUCACAAGACCAAAAGUGCACAACGCUCUCCUGGACCCCAGACAGUGAAACAUUCACCAUCGACCGACCGCACCUUGACAACACAGAAGUAAACCAAGGCUUCGAAACCGCGCCGCAUACACUAUUCACUUUCUUGGACGAGCAGGGUCAAGAAAUCGAGGAGACUCUCCGAGUACGCGCUUUCUUUGAUGCUAGUGUAUUGGAGGUGUUCGUUAAUGACAGGACGGUCAUUUCCACACGCAUCUAUUACCCCGAAGACCAUUGUUUUGGACCUAUAUUCUUUGCGGAAGCUGAUACCGCCGAGAAGGGUGCGCAGCCAGCGGCUGUUCUCAUGAAGGCUGAUGUUUGGGAUGGGAUUGGAGUGUGA